GGUGGCAGCGGCCAAAGUGGCGGCGGCGGCGGCUGCAACAACUCCGCGCUCGGGGCUGUGGCGGCGGCGGCGGCGGCGGCGGCGCCAGCAGGCUGGGCUGCACGGUGCCGAGCCCGGCGCGCGGUCCGGGCUGCUGGGGCGGCGCGUAUGAUGCCCCAAAUGGAGGAGUCUCUGAGAAGCAUCUCUGGGCCAGAGGCUUUGAAAGGGAGCGCAGAGCAGAGACUCUUUACAGCCCUGGACAUCACAUCCUGAGGCCCGGCAGGAGAGAAGACCAUGGCCAUGAACUUGGAUGACGACGUUCCCCUCAUCCUGACCUUGGAGGAGGGCGGCAGCGCCCCACUGGCUCCUUCCAACAGCUUGGGCCAAGAGGAGCUGCCGGACAGAAAUGGAGGCAGUUAUGCCGCCCACGGCUCCCAGGCCUCCAGCCUGAGCUCAGAGGGCGAGAGCUUCCCCUCAAGCCCCACUGGACACCACUGGGAGAUGAAUUAUCAGGAGGCGGCCAUCUACCUCCAGGAAGGCGAGAAUAACGACAAGUUCUUCACCCACCCCAAGAAUGCCAAAGCGCUGGCGGCCUACCUCUUCGCACACAACCACCUCUUCUACCUGAUGGAGCUGGCCACGGCCCUGCUGCUGCUGCUGCUGUCGCUGUGCGAGGCGCCUGCCGUGCCCGCGCUCCGCCUCGGCAUCUACGUCCACGCGACCCUGGAGCUGUUCGCCCUGAUGGUGGUCGUCUUCGAACUCUGCAUGAAGCUGCGGUGGCUGGGCCUCCACACCUUCGUCCGGCAUAAGCGGACCAUGGUCAAGGCCUCCGUGCUGGUGGUGCAGUUCAUCGAGGCCAUCGUGGUGCUGGUGCGGCAGACGUCCCACAUGCGGGUGACCCGGGCACUGCGCUGCAUCUUCCUGGUGGACUGUCGGUACUGCGGUGGCGUCCGGCGUAACCUUCGGCAGAUCUUCCAGUCCCUGCCCCCCUUCAUGGACAUCCUGCUGCUGCUGCUCUUCUUCAUGAUCAUCUUCGCCAUCCUCGGUUUCUACUUGUUCUCCCCUAAUCCUUCGGACCCCUACUUCAGCACCCUGGAGAGCAGCAUCGUCAGUCUGUUCGUCCUCCUGACCACAGCCAAUUUCCCAGACGUGAUGAUGCCUUCCUACUCCCGGAACCCCUGGUCCUGCGUCUUCUUCAUCGUGUACCUCUCCAUCGAGCUGUACUUCAUCAUGAACCUGCUGCUGGCCGUGGUGUUCGACACCUUCAACGACAUCGAGAAACGCAAGUUCAAGUCUUUGCUAUUGCACAAGCGAACUGCCAUCCAGCACGCCUAUCGCCUGCUCGUCAGCCAGCGGAGGCCCGCCGGCAUCUCCUACAGGCAGUUCGAAGGCCUGAUGCGCUUCUACAAGCCCCAGGUGAAUGCCUGGGAGCGCUACCUGACUUUCAAGGCCCUGAAUCAGAGCAACACCCCUCUGCUCAGCCUGAAGGACUUUUACGAUAUCUAUGAAGUCACCGCCUUGAAGUGGAAGGCGAAGAAGAACAGAGAGCACUGGUUCGAUGAGCUUCCCAGGACAGCCUUCCUCAUCUUCAAAGGGGUUAACAUCCUGGUGAAGUCCAAAGCCUUUCAGUAUUUCAUGUACCUGGUGGUGGCGGUCAACGGGGUCUGGGUCCUCGCGGAGACCUUCAUGCUGAGAGGUGGGAACUUCUUCUCCAAGCAUGUGCCCUGGAGCUCCCUCGUCUUCCUCACCAUCUACGGCGUGGAGCUGUUCCUGAAGGUGGCGGGCCUGGGCCCCGUGGAGUACCUGUCCUCCGGCUGGAACCUGUUCGACUUCUCCGUCACAGCCUUCGCCUUCCUGGGCCUGCUGGCGCUGGCCUUCAACAUGGAGCCCUUCUACUUCAUCGUGGUCCUGCGGCCGCUCCAGCUGCUGAGGCUGUUCAAACUGAAGAAGCGCUACCGCAACGUGCUGGACACCAUGUUUGAGCUGCUGCCCCGGAUGGCCAGCCUGGGCCUCACCCUGCUCAUCUUCUACUACUCCUUCGCCAUCGUGGGCAUGGAGUUCUUCUGCGGGAUCCUCUACCCCAACUGCUGCAACACAAGCACAGUGGCUGACGCCUACCGCUGGCGCAACCACACAGUGGGCAACAGGACGGUCGUGGAGGACGGCUACUAUUAUCUCAACAACUUCGACAACAUCCUGAACAGCUUCGUGACCUUGUUCGAGCUCACAGUUGUCAACAACUGGUACAUCAUCAUGGAAGGCGUCACCUCUCAGACCUCCCACUGGAGCCGCCUCUACUUCAUGACCUUCUACAUCGUGACCAUGGUGGUGAUGACCAUCAUCGUGGCCUUCAUCCUCGAGGCCUUCGUCUUCCGAAUGAACUUCAGCCGCAAGAACCAGGACUCGGAAGUUGACGGUGGUAUCACCGUGGAGAAGGAACUGUCCAAGGACGAGCUGCUCGCCAUCCUCAAGCUGUCCCGGGAGGCGCGGGACGCGGCCGCCGACGUCCCCCGGCUGCUCAAGGUCCUCUCCCAGAUGGAGAGGAACGAGCAAAGCGCCGUGGUGUUCCUGGGACGGAGGUCCCGGACCAAGAGUGACCUGAGCCUGAAGAUGUACCAGGAGGAGAUCCGGGAGUGGUACGAGGAACACGCCCGGAAGCAGGAGCAGGAGCAGUCGGACGGCAGCGGUGCCCCCGCCACCCAGCAGCCCCCAGGCAGCCGCCAGCGCUCGCAGACCAUCACCUAAGCCAGCUCGCUCCUUCCCGGAAGCCAUCUCUCUAUGCAAUAACACAUAGCACUAUUUUACUACGAUGUAUCGGGAUAACGUGCAUAUAUACCUAUGCACACGUCCACAUAUAUGCACCUAUUUAUAGGCAGCGGAGAAGACAGGUGGGGUUUGGUCUGUCACCUCCUGGCCCUGUCUUCCUUAACUCCGGGAGCCAGUUUGCUCUGGGCGCAGCCAGGCAGAAAGCGCUGGGACGGACUCUGCCCCCUCCGCGGGCUGGCCCUCCGGCCUCCCCAGGCCACACUCACACCCACGCCUUCCUGCCGCCUCCAGGCCCCGUCCCAGCUGACAGCUUCCCCCCUCACUUCCUCCGCGGCCAUGCACGGGUUUCUGUCUUGCUUUAGGGACAAAACCACUUACG